UCGGCUCCGCCUCAGGCCCCCUCACCGCCUUCCCUCGGGGCCGGGGUCCGGCCCCGCCCGUUCCGCCGCUCCUCCAGGCGCCAGGCGGCGCCGCAGCGCGGGGUCGGCAGGAAGCGCGGGAGCGGCGCCAUGGCGCUGCCCGGCGAGCUGUGGGCAGAGCUGCCGGCCGAGAAGCGCAUUUUCUGCUCCGUGCUGCUCUUCUCCUGGGCUGUUUACCUUUGGGAAGCUUUCCUGGCGCACCGGCAGAGGCGGGUGUACAGGACAACGACAUGUGUGCCACAGGAGUUAGGACAGAUCAUGGAUCCAGAAACCUUUGAAAAGUCUCGCCUAUACCAGCUGGACAAAAGCACUUUCAGCUUUUGGUCAGGCCUGUACUCGGAGGUGGAGGGCACUAUGAUUCUCCUCUGUGGAGGGAUUCCUCUUCUCUGGAAUCUGUCUGGGCAGGUCUCUGGCCGUGCUGGGUUUGGACCAGAAUAUGAGAUUGUUCAGUCUUUGGUUUUUCUGCUGCUUGCAACUCUCUUCAGUGCAGUGACUGGUCUCCCAUGGAGUUUGUACAACACGUUUGUCAUAGAGGAGAAACAUGGCUUCAAUCAGCAGACACUGGGAUUUUUUUUUAAGGAUGCCCUCAAGAAAUUUGUGGUGACUCAGUGCAUCCUGCUGCCCGUGACAGCCCUUCUGCUUUACAUCAUCAAAAUAGGGGGAGACUACUUCUUCAUCUAUGCCUGGCUCUUCACAUUAGUUGUUUCCUUGGUGCUUGUCACAAUCUAUGCAGACUACAUUGCACCUUUGUUUGACAAAUUCAUUCCACUUCCUGAGGGAGAGCUCAAGCAACAAAUUGAAACGAUGGCAAAGGGCAUUGACUUCCCCUUGACUAAGGUCUACGUUGUUGAAGGUUCUAAGCGUUCUUCUCACAGCAAUGCCUAUUUCUACGGAUUCUUCAAGAAUAAGCGGAUUGUGCUCUUUGACACCCUCCUGGAAGACUACUCUGCACUGAACAAAGAGCCAGCAGAAGGAGAAGAUGGUGAGAAUGAAGAGACAAAGUCUAAAACCAAAAAUAAGAAACAAGGAUGUAAAAAUGAAGAAGUUCUGGCUGUACUUGGUCAUGAAUUAGGUCACUGGAAACUAGGCCACACUGUCAAAAAUAUUAUCAUCAGCCAGAUGAAUUCCUUCCUCUGCUUCUUCCUGUUUGCUGUGUUAAUUGGUCAAAAAGAACUCUUUGCUGCCUUUGGUUUCUAUGACACCCAGCCUACCCUGAUAGGCUUGAUGAUUAUUUUCCAGUUCAUCUUUUCACCAUACAAUGAGGUCCUCUCGUUUUGUUUGACUGUAUUAAGCCGACGAUUUGAGUUUCAAGCCGAUGCAUUUGCCAAGGAACUUGGGAAGGCUCAGGACCUGUAUUCUGCUUUGAUCAAGUUAAACAAAGACAAUUUAGGAUUCCCUGUUUCUGACUGGAUCUUUUCCAUGUGGCAUUACUCCCAUCCCCCGCUUUUAGAAAGACUGCAGGCCUUGAAAGACGUGAAGGAAGAGUGACAGGAGCGCUGGCUGGGUCCGAGACCCUGCUUCCAUCUCAGAAGCAAAGUUCAGAGCUGCUUUUUAAUUUCUUUUUAAAAAUAGUGCUGAUGAAGUUCAGUGUUAAAAGCACCACACCCUGAGUUGGCUAUUAAAUUAUAAA